CCAGAAGCCUACUUCCUGCUUCCUUUCAGGCUCGAGCUCCCUUCCCUUUAGUGGCCCAUACCUUGCCUUCAAAGCAGUAAUAGAUUAGUUUUGCCUGUUUUCAUAUGUUAGAGUAAUGGAAUGAUUAAAUAUUUUCCUACAGUACUAGUUUUAAAGAUAAAGUCUCUAAUCCCCCUGGUAAAUAUGUUAAGCUGUGUGGACCACAGACAGAUUUUAGCCUUAACUACUCAAUUCCACACUUGUAGCUUGAAAAUAGCCAUAGACAAUAAAUAAGUGAAUGGAUGUGGCUGGUGUUUCCGUAAGACUAUAUUUACAAAAACAGGCAACUACUCAGGCCCAUAGUUUGCUAGUCACUGCUUUCAUUUGUAAUUUUAUCAUCGUGAGUGGCUGUGAGGUCAGGCUUUGGUUUUAUUUUUAGUUGGAGUAGCCAAUUGUGCUAACACUGGAAGUCUUCUUUGGUUUGGUUAUUACCAGUAUGCUUCAAUGCUCUUCUCUCUACUUAUGCUUGCCAGGUUUUUCAGAUGAAGAGAAUGGUCAUAAGGAAGAAAUAGAAGGAAAGAAAAAAAGAAAAACAAAACAACGACAUAAAUUUACUAUGGAACAACUGCAAAAACUUAAGGAAAAAUUUGCACAAUACCCUUAUCCUGAUUUUACAACCAAAGAUGAUUUGGCCAAAGACUUCCAUUGUCAAGUGAACGUCAUUGAUAACUGGUUCCAGAAUAAUAGAGCCAGACUUCCAGCUGAGGAGAGACAGAGACUAUUUCAGUUUUGGAAACAAAAUUCCCAAGGCCAAGCCCAUCCACUUUCAAGCCUCCAGGAUACCCAAGCUGCAGCUCCCAGCUAUGACAGCAAGCAGAGCCUGUCCUGUGCCCAGAAGGUUCUGAUGGGUAGAGCUAGUUGCUCCUCUCUGGAGAAACAGGGGGUUCCCAGUCAACGAGCAGAUUCCUGUUGCUCCUAUAUGGGCCAAGGCACUAAAAAGCAACCAGGUGGUGUUUUGGAGGAUCAAGGUGACACAGAAAGUGGGCAUUCUCCUGCCCAUCCUUUUCUAAGCUAUAGCUCAAUAACCUACCUUCUUCCUCCUACGUCUUCCUUGCCUUAUAUUGUCAGGAAAAGGACUGAGACCAGAGAAAGCCAGCAUGCAAGAUUUUUUUAUUCAUAUCAUGCUCAUAGUGAGUAUGGAAUGAGAAAGCAGCAGGAAAAACAGGAGAAAGAAUGUCGUCAUUAUUCACUAUUGCAAGGACAGCAGCAGAAUGAUUGGCACUAUCAUUUGAAACAGCACCAACAGCCUCAGAAUUAUCAAGACAGGCAACCCAGGGCUGAAAGGCAGCAGCCACCACCGGUGUCUCUGGGGCAAGACGUGCACCAGUGGGCUUCCUAUCAACCCAGGGCUCCAACGCAGCAGCCACCACCACUGUCUCUGGGGCAAUACAUGCACCAGUGGGCUUCCUAUCAACCCAGGGCUCCAACGCAGCAGCCACCGCUGCUGUCUCUGGGGCAAGACGUGCUCCAGGGGGCUUCGGAGCAACCCAGGGCCCCAACGCCACAGCCACCACUGCUGUCUCUGGGGCAAGAAGUGCUCCAGGGGGCUUCGGAGCAACCCAGGGCCCCAACGCCACAGCCACUGAGACAGAAGACAGCAGGUGGUGGCUGCGGCGUUGGGCCCUGGGUUGCUCCGAAGCCCCUGGGCACGUCUUGCCCCAGGACAGCAGUGGUGGCUGUGGCGUUGGGGCCUGGGUGCUCCGAAGCCCCCUGA